GGCAGCACAAUCACAAUGACCAUCUCAUUUAUAACGUUAGGUAUAUUCUUCAUGAUCCAAGGUAUCAAUGCGAAGUAUUAUUGCGAAGAAAGUUGGCUGACGAAUCCAUCAAACGGGUUCUGCUACAAGUUGUUUCUAGAUCCCCAACCCUGGAAGCAGGCGAGAAGCAACUGUACAACAGAGGGAGGUUUUCUUGUGUCAGUAACAGACGCAAACGAACAGCAGUUCAUCGCCAAAGAUGUUUUGCAGACUAAUGAAACAUCGUCUACUUGGAUUGGUGGCCAUUCCCUGUAUUCAGACGAUUGGUUGUGGGAUAAUUAUCAGAGAGAGUUCAAUUUCACACAGUGGGCAGCUGGUAAACCAGUCUCUAUCUCUCGUUGUAUCGCAAUGCUCGGAGCAUCCGGAUUCAACUGGUCUGACCAGUCGUGUGCAGAUAGCAACGUCUAUAUUUGUGAGAAACCAGCGCAGGUUAUUAACUGUGACGGCAAAGCCAACAUCGUACAUCUAGAGGGAGACAAACUUUCUAGCGUCAGCUUCCCUCCAUUUUACGAUCCUCUGAGGCCAUUCCAACUUCCUCCCUACGAAACAAAUUUAACCUGUGUGUGGAGAAUAAUCCCACCAAUAGGAUACGUAAUGGUAAUUGAAUUCGAUUUGCUCUGCAGUGAUGACUUGAGAGCAUUUGAUGGAACUAUAAUACCAUUAGACAACAUCACAUGUCAAGGGUUAAUGCGUUCUGGGAAUGUAGAGGUUACCACAUCCUUAACUUUAUCAUUGUCAACGGAUUCCUUCACUGUACCAUGGAGAGAGCAAGGAUUCCAACUGAGAAUAUUUACAACAAAUGCUAAAGAAAGCUCCUGCGAUUCGGCUGAUAUCCCCUUGGUGGCCUCAUCAGAAAAACAAAUUAUAAUGUCCCCAGGAUUCCCGUUUUCAUGGUUUUCAUCAUGUGUGUGGACUAUAAUGUCCCCGGUAAAGGCAUCCAAUAUCUACGUUCAGUUCAAAUAUCGUUUCAUCAGCGAAGGAGCACAACUUCAAAUCCAAGACGACGUGUUUACGAGAUCCUCAAUGGUGGAGGAGAGCAGGGUUUUGAUUUACCCUGCAGAAAAGAUCGUUGUUAACUACACCAGCAAUGUCACGUACCCUGGUCAUCACGGAUUCUCACUGGACUACUAUACCGAUAAAGAAAGCGUGGAUAUAUGUACUCAAAACCUGGUUCCAAAGGUCUUGUCUGAAUAUGGAAUCCCAAAUCCUAAAGAACAGUUUUUGAUUUUCUCCGUAAAUGCGACUUACGAUAUAGAAGUAGAUCUACGUACAGUAACAGGAGAAAUCUAUCUUAUUACAUCUAAUCAGCGGAAUUAUUGGCAUUUUUAUUGUUUACGUAAAACAUCGACAUCAUCAUCCUGUCUCGAAACGUACAACGAUACAACAUCAGAUGACGUGUUUCAAGAUUUUUGGGUGACUUGGACUGACAUACUAAAGGUCGGACGCGGAAGAAUACUAGGAGAACACGUCAUUAUGGAAUACCGUUUACACAUUCCACUUAAUGUUAAUUCAUCAUCGAUUCAGACCAAGAACGGUAUCGGCGUUUGGAAAUUCUACGGAUUCCUGAGUGAUUUCGUGGAAAUCUGUCAUACGUAUGGGACCCCUCUGAAGUCACUCUGGGACUAUCAUCUACCAGUACAAGGCCAAAACCAUCUAACAUUCUCUGUCAUGAUUUGUGAAUCAGCUCUAAUUACUUUCGAAACAAGGGUUGGAGACUCUUAUACUAUUUGGCUGGAUACAUUGAUGAUAGACUUUAUCACUUAUUUCUCAUGCUUCGCGAAUCAUACACACGGAUUUCCUGAUUACCCCUGUAUUGCUGAUCGUGUUUUAAAUUGUUCAGAGUUUCGGGAAUUUUGGAUUUCUUGGGGAAGGAGUGCAGGUCUACAAAUUGGAAAGGGCAAAAUCAUAGGAAUGGAUACCAUGAUUGGCAAUUUCUCUGAAAAUUUUACUCCAGUGAAAGAAAGUUCAUUCAUGUUUGGUGGUUCCUUCGUUGAUACCAGAUAUAUUACAUCAGUGUGGCGAUUCAGUAAAGCACCGCCUACUCCAGCAAGUUUCCUCAAUAUUUCCAGUACUACAUCACCAUCACCCACUAUCAGAGAAUACAUCACCAUAAUUAGAAGCGGAGUCGUACCCUCUCUACAGGAAGUAGAGGGAACAGAACUUACCAUGUCUGUAGACAUCAAUCUCAAAUUUGAGUUUGAAGUGAAAUGGCUCAGAAACGGAACACACGUCACACAGUCUCCUGGACGAUUCUUGGUUAAUCAAACGUUUACAAACGUGACGAGAUGUUCAUUCACAAUUGUAGAGCUCAAACUACGAGAUGAAGCAAAUUGGACGGUCGUUAUCUCCAAUCCACAUUCGACAGCGACCUCGAAUUUUGAUAUUAAAGUUAGACCAGGAAUUCAAAUAGAUAUCAUUCCGCGCCACAAAAUUGCCGUUCAGCAGGGAACUGCGCUAGAGCUUGUUUGUAACAUAACCAACUUAGGUGAUUUACAAGGAUUUCCGGUGAAUAUUUCUUCAUUGACGUGGUUCAAGGAUGGCAUUAGACUACUACAAGAAAAAGAAAGGAUAACUAUGAUUACUGACCAAUCCUUCCGUCUUCUCCGUAUUUAUCCGACCGAGGAAAGCGACGAGGGUACCUACUCCUGUACCUACGACAAGUACAAGGUACCCAGAGUGAUCAACACAACAGUGGAUAUAUAUAACACAGCCCAAGUCAUUUGCGAGUCAGAAAAAGAUGUCUAUGGAAUUAUAUGGCCAACUGCCAUUCCUGGAAAUCUGAUCUAUUCGAAUUGCCCCAAUGCUGGACAUGGAAAUGCCAGUAGAUUGUGUGAUGAUUACGGUACGUGGGGGAAAACAAGUGUAUCGUAUUGUUCAGACAAAGAAUUUGCCAGUGCUUUGAAUGAGGUUCAGCUCCUGGAAAGUGACGGUAUAUCGGAUAUAAGGUAUAUUGAAGAAGUCUUUGAGAGUUCCUUGAGUAAAACUGAAAAUUUAACUGUCUCCAAAACUGCCAUCGCAUCAGGAAAUUUACUGUCGUCCAUGGAUAUAAUUAAGACGGUACUCAAAGUCGCCACAGAAAGUCUUGCAUCUGUUCCAGAAAGGAAUAUCUAUGGCAUUGUGGACAACAUUGUGUCGCCCUACAACAAAGAUUCUUGGAAGCUUGUCGAAGAAGAGACGUACAGCGGCCCCUCGUCGGUGUUGGAUAUCAUGGACCACACACAUUCCCUGCUGAUGAGGGACUGGAAAGCGAAUGAAUACAGAGGAAGGAAUAUUGUUGUCAAUGUAAGCAAAGUGUCACUUCACGAAUCUGGCAUACAGUUUCUGGAGAAGGAUUCCUUCAUAGUACUUCCAAAGCAACGGGACCAACAGCAGCAAGUGACAAAAUAUUCUGGUGUUCUUUACAAGACGAUGUCUCAGUUUUUACCAACUACUUCAAACACUUCUGGAGAUCGGGUUAUCAACUCCGUGGUCAUGGCACUAACACUGGAAAAACCUCUUCACAACCUUUCACCUCCACUAGAAUUAGUAUUUCAGCACAACAGAGGAAUUAGAGUGGAGGGAAAGGCGGAGUGUGUGUUUUGGGACUACACCUUAUUCAAUGACGGAGGGUGGUCUACGGAAGGGUGUUCUAUAAGUUCCACACAAGAUGGCACUAGUGUGUGUUUGUGCAACCACACCACCAACUUCGCCAUUUUGAUGAGACCCUAUACACCGACAAAAGAAGAUUCUGCCCUUGUCAUCAUCUCCAUCGUCGGCUGUGUUAUAUCCAUGCUCUUUGGUCUUCUGACAAUAUGUGUCUACGUCAUUGUCUGGAAGUCCAUCAAAAGUGACCAAAAUUUUCUGAUCAUCUGCCUGUGUGCUUCUCUUUCUCUUGCCUAUCUCUUGUUCCUUGCUGGAGUAGACAAUUCUCAAAAUGAGGCUGCAUGUGUUGUAGUCACAGCUUUAUUGCAUUACCUCCUCUUGCUAACCUUCUUUAUGAUGUUAGGAGUGGGAACAAUCUUUUUCAUGAAUGUCACGGUGUUAUUCUAUGCAAUGCACAUCACCAACAAAUUCAACUCACGGUCAAGACUAAAGUGGAUUCUGGGACUUGCAACAUGUAUUCCGUUGGUCAUCGUGCUCAUUACGUUGGGAAGCUGUUGGAAUACGAAAUACCAUGCGGACACAAUUUGCUGGCUGUCAGUGUCAUCGGGUGCAAUAUACGCUUUCAUCGCACCUGUUCUCGUCAUUUUCCUGCUAAACAUUUGUAUCAUCGUCUCAUUGGUACGUGUCGUGUUUCUGACAACCAAAAUGAGAAAAGCUGAAAUUAAAGAAAAAGCUAGAUAUGCCUUACGCAGUGUUUGUACACUCGUUCCUGUUCUUGGGGUCACGUGGGUAUUUGGAAUUUUUGCCAUCAAUGAGGAUGCUGUAGUGUUCCAGUAUAUCUUCACUAUCUUUAAUUCAGUACAGGGUCUUCUGAUAUUCAUCACACAUGUACUGCUAAAUAGAAAGAUUAGAGAACUGUUGAUAGCAAGAUAUCCUUACUUGAAACGAAAACGAGAUAAAGGCGCUUAUAAAGAGAAAAAUCGAGUGAGGGGACCAUCCACAGCUUCUGAGAACUUAUCCAGUUCGACUCAGUCAGUGUCAAUAGUUCCCUCCAGUUAUACAGAAUAUGAAACAAAGAUAAGGACAUCCGAUGGACAUAAAGUUACGGAGAAGCGUUUUUACGUCACCAGCGUGGAAUUUCGGAUUGAGAACGGUAAAUUUGUGUCUGAAACAGAAAACAGAAAACACUUUCAAACAGACCAAGAAACUGUAGCUUUCGAGCCAACAUAUUCGUCAAGUAAUGCUUUCGAUGAGAAGAGUAGAGAAAAUGAGGUUCAAUGGAACGAAGCGGGGAUAACUGAAGGUAAAUCUCAGUCUGAAAAGGAAAAGCACGAAGAUAUGCACCUACCUUAUGAGGUCAGAGCGAGACGCACAAAUACAGAAACAAACCGAAUCGUCACUCCGAACACAAAUACAGAAACAAACCGAAUCGUCACUCCGAACAACUCUCAGUGUUAAACGAAUUUGAAGCCACAUAUCCAUUUAGAAUUCUAUUCACUAAACAGUUCGUUCUCCUACGGUGUUCAUAUUGGAUUUUCAACGAAAGGGAAGUAUUUGCAACAUUACACAACACUUCAAUCAACCCGUAUGCUAGAUUCAGAUCGAGGACAGGAUUUGGUCAGUAGUUGGACUCGGUGGUGGAUCCUUAUAGAGGAAAAUAAUGUUCAAUUUUAUUCCAUUCUGUCAUAAUUGCUAAUAAUUUGUUCCGUUACAUAUGUAUAUUUUUACUAGAUAAAACUUUACGGUAGAGUUAAUGAAUUUGACAAUUACCUACACGAAUAACAGAAUAUUGUAUUAACUACAGAGUAUGUAUUGUGAGGUGUAGCGACUAUUGCAUUAACUACAGAGUAUGUAUUGUGAAGUGUAGCAAUAUACGUUAUGAUAGACAGAGAUGUAUUAUGUACCAGAAGUAUAUACAUGUAAAAACAACAAAUAUGGGAUAUCGGAACUAUUAUUUCGUCCCAGUUACGUCUCGGUUUUAAUAUUUCUAUGUUCAACGAGAUCUCAUUUUCUUUGUUAAUUUGGGCAACCUUUCAGUAGAAAAACACACGUAAAUACAUGUAUCAGAUACAUUGUAUAGUGAGUUCAGGCACAUAGAGUCGUUUUUGUGAUUGGAAAUGAGGGAGGGGGCAGAUAGAGAACAAAAUUGUCUUCAUAAUUGUCUAAAAAUUCGUAGUUACCAAGUAAAGACGUUCUGCCCAAAAUAGUUGAUAGGGUCCUUCAGUAUACUCUCCGUGAUUCAAUUCAUCGAUUCAACCCUGUGUUUCCACUACCAUUUACCAUUAAUAUAAAAAGUGACUAGCCAAUAAAUUGGUCUUUGGAUGUAAAUAUAACGAACGUUGUAUGUGGCAAUAACAGAAAAAGAAUGUCACAUGUCAAGAAAAGUUAGGGUUGGGGGAGCCCCCAUACCACCCCCUCCACGGUGGCUACACGCUUGGCGAUUGAUGCAUGAAAUGUGAUUACUUACAAUAUCAAUGCAUAACUGUCUGUUAUAACUCCACAUACGGUAGAUGAAGUACACGAUACUUCGAAUUAUUUUGUGUAGCCUUCCGCUACCACCAUUUAAAAAAUUUGAUCCAAUUACUUAUGUUUCUUAAAAUCAGGCAGAUAGUUUUGUAUUAGUAAUUUGUAUACAAGAGUUGCCCAAGUCAAGCAUAAGUUUUGUAGCUUCUUUUUCUGUCGAGUUCCAAUUUGUUUAGUUCCGAUAUCCCAUAUUGCAAGCAUUAGAAUUACUUGAUACCCGGACUCCAUGAUGUAACGUAAUGUACAACAUCUGUAUUUGAGAUUUAUUUUCUUUUAAUUGAAAUUGCAUGGAGAUUUUUGUAUUUCUACUGAAAACAUGUUUAUCAUUAAAUGUCUAUAUCCUA